GAAAAACCUGCGCAUCCAACCAUAUUCCAUAAUUUAGUUAAUAUUUGGAACGCUGAGCAAGUGUUGUACUUGCUGCGUUUUCAACGUUCGGUAUUUAAAUUUAACGUGGUUUAAAUGAAAACUGCUUAGAAACGGUAAAAUAGAAAGUAGGGGUACGUAAAUGUGCAUAACAAACUAAAAACAAGCCCAUUCAUUGGAGUAGUGGACGGCAACAUUGUAGUUUACCAAACAAAUAUUUAGUGGAGUUAUUUAGUCGAGGUGCAAGGUGUUUAAAACGGUGUUUUUAUACGAAUUCAGUGUUAAAUAAGUGUUUUGUUAAAAGUGUAGCAUUAAGAACAACGACCUUCGUUUUGAAAAUAACUAACUGACUUUUAAAUUAUACCAUGAAAUUUGAACUUGAGAUACGAUUUGGACAUGGCUUUAAGAUCGAAUAGCGUCGUGCGAAAACAGGAUCGUCCUCAUCAUCCUCAUCAUUGUCAUCGCCGUGGGCGUGUAGCGAAGGUGUUUAAUUUUAUGGCGGGAAAAUCGCGUCGGGCGCUCACGGUCGGUGCGGCGGUCUGAAACUUCCAUGUGCAGGUGCAGGUGCAGUGCGAACCGAUGGCCGACAAGUUUCCGACAAGUUCCGCUUGCGAAGUUCCUCCACCGAGGCGCGCGCCCUCUGAAGCGGCCACCGCGGCGGCCAAGCGACGCUUCAGGCUGCAGCAGCGCGUUCUUUUUUCCGUCAAGAGGUCCUUCGUCCUUUAUCUGGCCGUCUUGGCGGCCUUCGUGCCGCCCGGCCUUCAGGCCUACGCCCGCGCCCAACAGCUGUCCGUCUCCAAUUCCACGCUGCCAAACAAUCAAAGCGGAAUAUGUAAAAGCAUGGACAUCCGAAAUACGUUGGACACGUUCAAAAGGUUGGAAGGAUGUCGCGUGGUCGAGGGCUUCGUGCAGGUCCUCCUCUUCGACAACGUGAACGAAACGAAGCUGGCCGAGCUGUCGUUUCCGGAUUUGACGGAAAUCACCGAUUACUUGCUCCUGUAUCGCGUGAACGGUCUCAGAAGCGUUGGGCAGCUGUUCCCGAACCUGGCCGUAAUCCGAGGGGAGAAUUUGUUCUUGCACGAGUACGCGUUCGUUAUAUUCGAGAUGUCGCAUCUGCAGGAAAUUUCCUUGUACUCUCUGCAGGACAUAACGAAAGGUUUGGUGAGGAUCGACAAAAAUCCGUCGCUCUGUUUCGUCCGAUCGAUCGAUUGGGCGAAAAUUUGCCACGAAAAGGGCGAACAUUACAUCUACAACAUCAAGCCGGACAACGAGUGUCCGAUAUGUCCGGGGCCGGGCGGCAAAAAAGAAUACGACCACGAAGGAAACGAAAUCAAAGCUUGUCCGAAUUCGACUGACCCGUCUUACAUCGACGUGCCGUACGGGCAUUUGUGCUGGAAUCGGCAGCACUGUCAGAAAAUUUGCCCGGAAAACUGUCUCUCUUGCAACGAAAAGGGCGAAUGCUGCAACUCGCUGUGCAUCGGCGGUUGUGCGCCCGACGACGUCAACGCUUGCGUCGCCUGCCGGAACUACAGCAUGGGUUUUGGCAACGAAAGGAAGUGCAUGCGGGACUGUCCCCCUGGAUUUUAUAAGUAUUUGGGUAGAUGCGUAACAUUCCGGGAAUGCGUGGAGAUGGCCAAGCCGCCAGACCUUUAUCCGAAUAACGAAAGCGAUUUUCCCAACAAACCGUUCAAAGUAUUCAACGACUCCUGCAUUUUGCACUGCUCCCCCGAAUACACCAACGACUACGAAAAUCACACUUGCAUACCCUGUCAAGGUCGCUGCAGAAAAGAAUGCCCAGGAAUAAAUGUGGAUAGUAUCACAGUGGCCCUGCAGUUAAAAGGUUGCACUGUGAUAAAAGGAUCUUUGGAAAUUCAGAUUAGAGCUGGCAGUAACGUUGUAAAUCAACUGGAAGAAAAUCUGGGUAUGAUAGAGGAAAUACAUGGAUACCUAAAAAUCGUCCGGUCGUUUCCGUUGGUGUCGUUGAACUUUUUUAAAAGUUUGAAGCGCAUUAAAGGCGAAUCACUGGAGAGUUCCAAGUACGUGUUCGUCGUGCUGGACAAUCAGAACUUGCAGGAACUGUGGGAAGACUGGUCUAACCGUUCGUUCCGGAUCGAGCGCGGCUCGCUGUUUUUCCACUUCAAUCCGAAACUGUGCAUAAACAAGAUCGAGAUGCUGAGAAACAAAACGGGACUUCAGCCGUUCAGCGAUCUGGAAGUGGCGAAAAAUUCCAACGGCGAUAAGAUCGCUUGCAACGUGAGCGAGCUAAAGGUUAACGUCACUCUGAUAACUAGCAAAGGUGUGGUGCUAGUGUGGCGACCGUUUGAACUUGAUGGCGACGAGAGGCAGCUUUUAGGUUAUAUUGUUUACAGCAUCGAAGCCCCCUACAGAAAUGUCACGGUCUACGAUGGCCGAGACGCUUGUGGAGUAGAUGAUUGGAGAGUUGAUGAUGUAGCCAAAAACGAUGAAAAAAUCACACACCCAUUACUUAAAUUGAAACCAUACACCCAAUAUGCUUAUUACGUUAAAACUUACACUGUAGCAACUGAAAGAAAUGGUGCGCAGAGUAAAAUUAAGUAUUUUAGAACCUUGCCAUCAAUGCCAACUCCGCCACAAAUAGUGCAGGCAGUCAGUUACAAUUAUGAUUCGCUUAAAAUAACCUGGACACCACCUCAUCAACCCAACGGAAAUAUAACGUAUUAUAUUGUUGCUGGGAAGAAGAACGCAAAUGAAAAUAUGGAUUCGAAAGAUCGAGAUUACUGUGAAGAUCCUCCCACCGAAAUAAAGGUGGUUCCCAAGGAAACCCAAACGGCAAAAACUACGAAACUGAACAACGAUACUUGUGUGUGCCCAGACAGCAGUAAACCGACUAAAUCGAAAACCAUAGACGAGACUAAGGAAAUCGCCAGAAUUAAAUUCGAGAACGAACUGCAGAAUAUCGUGUACAUAAAAAGACUGGCGCAAACGAGACGAAAGCGGGACCUGAAUGAGGACUUGUUGAUCGAAGGAUCGCAAAAAACUUUCAAGGAAAUCGUUCAGCAAGUAAAGUUUGAGCACGACAUACACAAUGCGCUUUUCGAGGAUAAAAGCCCUCAUUCUAGGUCAAAACGCGACGUAGACAAAAGCUUUCCGAACACCACCGAAAACCCGAAAAAUACCGUCAACAAAAUUAACAACGUUACGGAAAACGGCACGGAGAUAUGGGAGUCGUUUAGCUUCAACGUGUACGGAAAAAGCGAGUUUUACAUAAACAAGCUGCACCACUACACCAACUACGAUAUCACAGUGCAGGCUUGUCGCGAAGCGAUCGAAAACGACACUGAAAGCUUAUGCAGCUUAUCCAGCGUGACGACGUCCAGAACUUUAAAGAAAACCGAUGCGGACAAUAUUAAAAAUCUAAGAGUCAGCAAUCAAACUGAAGAUACUGUCACGCUGAAGUGGGAUCAGCCGGAACAUCCCAACGGCGUUAUUUAUUCCUACUCCAUCGAAUACUAUCGGAUCAAGAAGGACUCGCAAGUCGCAAGUACGGGUUCGUAUCGCGAUUGCGUGACACACAAGAAAUUAAAGAAGUUUGAUAGGACAAUGGUUUACACGUUAAGAGAAAAUUUACCGCAAGGGAACUACAGUUUGACGAUCAAAGUCAGGUCGUCAGCUGGCGAGGUUUCGCAAUCUGAAAAAGUAUAUUUCCUUGUAGAAGAGUCUUCCGGCAGCAUAGUCUACAUCUUCGUUUUCCUGAUUUUAUUCCUGCUAAUUGCCGGCCUCAUAACGUGGAUAGUGUGGCGUCGCCACGUAAAAGACACCAAAGCUAAAAUCCUCAACCCGUAUGUCAACCCUGAAUACGUGUCCAGCAAGUAUGUGCAAGACGAAUGGGAGGUCCCCAGGGAGAAAAUCAAGCUGAUUAGGGAACUCGGACAAGGCAGCUUUGGAAUGGUGUGGGAGGGCGAAGCCAGUGACAUACGAGGAAAAGCCUACGUCAGGUGUGCCGUCAAAACUGUCAACGAACAUGCCACCAACAGCGAAAGGAUGGAGUUCCUGAACGAAGCGUCGGUGAUGAAGGCUUUCGAUACGGCGCACGUGGUCCGUCUGUUGGGCGUCGUGUCUCAAGGUCAGCCGACGCUGGUCAUCAUGGAGCUGAUGACCAACGAGGAUCUGAAGAGCUAUUUGCGCUCGCACCGGCUCGACUCCGACAACUCCAAUCCGAACCACCGAAAGCAACCGCCCACGUUGAAGCAGAUCUACCAGAUGGCCAUCGAGAUAUCGGACGGCAUGGCUUACUUGUCCGCCAAGAAGUACGUACAUCGAGAUUUGGCGGCGAGAAACUGCAUGGUCUCGGAAAAUUUGACGGUGAAGAUCGGAGAUUUCGGAAUGACAAGAGACGUUUAUGAGACUGACUACUAUAGGAAGGGCACCAAAGGUUUGCUGCCUGUGAGGUGGAUGGCGCCUGAGAGUCUUAGAGACGGCGUUUUCAGCAGCCACAGCGACACGUGGAGUUACGGAGUGGUGUUAUGGGAGAUGGCCACUCUGGCGUCCCAACCUUAUCAAGGAUUAGCCAACGAUCAGGUUCUUCGUUAUGUUAUCGAUGGAGGCGUGAUGGAGCGGCCGGAGAACUGCCCGGACAAACUGUACGGCUUGAUGCGGAUGUGUUGGCACCCUCUGGCCAGCGAAAGGCCGUCGUUCUUGAAGCUGUGCUCGUUGCUGCUGGAGGACGCUUCGCCCGUGUUCCCGCAGGUUUCGUUCUACCACAGCGCGGCAGGCAUCGAGGCAAGGACCUCUCAUCCGUUACCCUCGUCGUCGAUUUUGGACGACCAAACCACUCCGUUGCGGUCCAGCGAAAACGACUCGGAGUCCGAGGAGAAGGAGGAGGAGGAGGAGGAGGAGGAUUCCGAACAGGAAAUUCCGACGACGAGGAUCUCUUUUCCCACCGCCAACGGCUUCGGCUGUCCCACCAACGGAGCGGCCACCACUCAGUGUUAACAUAUCACCCAAGUGAGUUAUUUACCAAAGAUAGUAGUGAACGCGUUACUGUUAAUGUUGCUAGAGUGGACUGUGCGAAGUGGACACAUAUUUUUAUUCCUAUUUUCCCAUUUAUAUUUUAGACCUCGGCUUUUCAAAAUACGCAAAUUAAACAAAAAAACAAACUAAAUCGCCUUUAAUGAUGAGUUAGUGUACGUACGAACUUUGCCUGAUUAUAACUUGUGAAACUGUUUUUGUACCUACAUUUGUUGUAAUAGUCACAUUUAACUAUUUAAACCGUAUCUUUAACUAUUUAUAUUUUUAAUUAUAUUUUGUACUGUGUAAUAUAAUGUACAGAUCCUAUUAUUUUAUAUAAAUAAAGAAAUUUAAAACA